AGAAUUGCUUGACUUCCUCUGUUUCCACCCUUUCUGGCCUGGCGGCGGAUAGGGAGUAGCACGCUUUCCACCGACGGAAGAAGGUGUCAUCGACUCUUUUCGUUGGUGUGUACAACAGCCAUCAACGAAGCACGAGUCGUAGUCCCGCAUCUUUUUUUUGUAGAGUAAAACAUACACACCGACGCAACGGAUUCCGGUAUGAACAAGUCCGACUUCAAGAAGGCCGUGGCGGACAGCGAGGCCCCGACGCCGGGGUACCUUUACCGGGAUAUGGCCAGCUGGACCUACUUGGAUUACGCCACACAGCUGCAGCUCAUCAAGGCGCUCUUCGACAAGCUACAGAACAAAAACAGCGCCUUUGUGCUCUACAAGGCUCUCCACCUCAUCAAGGUGCUGUGCGAGACCGGCCAAGAAGGAUUUCAGAAGGAGUUGCAGCUGAGCAAGUACGCCAACGUCGUAAAGGACUUCACCACGUACCGUGGGCCGCUUGAUGUCAAGUACGCCGACAGCUGGAAUGAGAAGGUGCGAUGCGAAGCGCAGGCUGCUCUCGAGGCGAUCUUUCAAACGCGCACGGCAGCCUCGAUGGGUCCGACAACGUUAAGCGGAGGUGCGAACGGCGACUGGAGUGGCGCCGGCAAUUCAGCUGUCGAGCAGAAAGCCGUGAAGGGCACGUGGGGCAGCGGCAGCGGCACCGAACCUGUCCUGCCGAGCUUUUCUACCUCAAGUCCAUGCGGUGGUAACAGUUUUCUUCGUGAUCCACCACCGCAGGUGGGCGGACCGUCGUCGUCCUUUGACGCCCCGUCGUCGCACAUCGGCGAGAUGCCGUCAGAGAAUAGGUGGGCGGCGCAUCGGCGCGAAGUGGCGGCCCUCGGCUCCUCGCGCGCUGCCUCGACGGCGGACAAGCCGAGUAAAACACUGCUGCAGCAACUCGCCUCGACGGCAAAGUCGGGCAUGAGUUUAAUCACGCAAUUUGAAAUAUUGAAGGGCAAGCAGGAGCGCCUCUACGGAGACCAAUUUGGGCAGGCUGCGCGUGCGACGACGCGGCAGGAGGGCGUUGCGGGGCACCUUGGCGGGGGACGCGGCGUGGACGAAGUGGGAAGUUAUCAGCCGGUGGGCGUCAGCGUGCCGAUGCGUAUGGGUGAAGCUGUCGAGCACCUUUCAACGCGACCGCCGUCGAUGACGCCUGUCCUGGAUGAUCAGCGCGCCUCGUCCGCCUCAUCCUCUCCCCCGCGGUCGCAUCCGCAAACACGCGGCGGGAGUGCCGUGUCGCUCCCCUCUGGACCUUCCUCACCUGCGCCGCAGUCGAAUGCCUCCCACGACGCGGCGGAGGAGCUCAUCCACUCCUUUGCCUGUCUGAAGCAGGUCCCAUCACGUGUCGACCUCUCGCGCCUUCUGCGCGUCAUGGGCGAGUCCGCAGAUGCGCGGGAGCAGGCGGAUGCGUCUUUGGGAGCGUACGGCGUACAACUCGCCUCUGCGCUCGGCGUGCAUCUUGUGAAGGAGAAACCGUGGCAGGAGCGACGCAACGCGUUGGCCUCGUUGGAAGCGGUGCUGCGUGGUUCCUCCGCUGCCAUUCAUGACGGCGUGGCGGACUUCUACGCACGUCAGCCGCACCUUGUCCAGGCGAAUUGCAGCGUUGUGCAGGCCAGUCUGAAGGAGAAGGCGGGAAGGGUUGCGCAGCUGUUGAACAUUCCAGCCGUGCCAAUUUCUGCAGCUCCUACUGCACCUUCAAUAAAGGAUCGAGGCAUCGUGCCGAAUGCGGCGCCUACUGAAGCGUCUGCUCCGCAGCGAAGUCACUUUGAGGAUCUGCUGGGCGGCAGCACCCCACCCGCUGCGGCACCAUCGUCGUCGUCGUCGUCUCCAAAUCCGUCGGCAGCCUCUUCGCUGCCCCAGACAGCUUUGCGGAGUGCUGGUGGGCACGACAGCACCUUCGAGGGGAUGACGAUUCGGCCUGGCGGCUCCAGCAGUCUCCGCCGCGGCGAUCCACCGGGUGAUGCGCUCGACCCACCCAGCGAUACAAACCGAAUUAGCUUCGGCGGCGACGACACGGGUCGGCCGCAGCGGCGCACCAACCGAGUUGCGACAGUCGCUGCGGAGAUGCCCGUUGCGGGUUCUGGUGAGCGGCGAACCGGAGAGAGUGCAGUGAACGGAGGUGGCGGUGCUGGCUCUAUUCAGGUGUUGCGCCACUGCGGUGGUAAUAGCAGUGGCAACAUGGCCACGGCAACAGCAGCUGGAACAACCGCCGCACAACAACGAACCCAGCAGCAGCAUGUCAAUGUGAACAAAACAGACUGCGAUUUAGACAAUCUGCUGGGCCUCUCUCCCCCGGCGACGGCAGCACCGCCAACUUCCUCUGCAAACGCUACAUCGACGACGCUGGACGACCUGUUCGGUGGUCAGCCAACAACUAUAUCCCCUGCUUCCUUGUCGUCCGCCAACAAGAGCAGCAAAGCAGGGACGGACGACCUCUUCGUUGACUCCAUAUCACCGUCAUUUGCACCGCCGUCUCUGUCCAACGUGCCGUCCCCACACAUCGCCUCUGCGGCCCAGCUGGCGCGUAUUCAAGGCUUAAUGGAGUACCUUGAAACACGCUACGACCCGGCGGCAAUGACUGAGCUGGAGCGACUGAUUCUGCAACGUCAGCAGGCGCUGCAACAGAUGACGACACAUCAAGGAAGUGCAGAGGAAGUGAUGGGCCCCGGGCCGCGAGCAGCUCAGCCGCACCGCCAGUUUCAGCUGGGUGGUCCGCGAAGUGGGCCAAUGAGUGAGCGUCAGCAGGCCAACAGCCAGUUUGCGGAUGUGCAAGCUGAAAUGAAGCGUAAGCUGGAUCUCUGA